AUGGAGGACAAAGGAACAGAAAAGGGUCUCCAAAAAUCUCCAUAUAGAACACAGACUGUGGUUGUGCGUGAGUUUAAGCCGGCAGACAAAGCAGAAGUGCAGCGGAUCUUUUCUGAAGGACUGAUGGAGAUGGUACCAGACACUGCCUUCAAAGGCUUAAGACAUCACCCGGAGAGUAUCCUACUCUACACUUCUAUGACAAUUAUUUGUUCUGUCAUCACCAUGUGUUGGUGGGUGAUAGCACUCCUCCCUGCACUUUGUCUGUGUGGACGCUACUUUUACAGCAGACGUGUGAUCCAUGGUUACCUUGAGCGUGCCAUUAGCAGAGACAUGGGAGACAUGGAAGGGUUCUACAUGAAAUCAUCAGACUCCCGUCUUUGGGUAGCAGUGCUGGAAGGCAAAGUGGUGGGUGUUGUAGCAGCAGUCAGCCAGCUGAAGUCAGGAGGUGCUGUCGAGUUGCAGCGGAUGUCUGUUGACCGGAGGUUUCGAUGGUGUGGAGUUGGGGUCGCACUUGGAAGAAAGGUCCUGGAGUUCGCUGUAUCCCACAAGUACUCUACUGUUGUCCUGGGAACCACAGCGUACGCACACGCUGCCCACCAGCUCUAUAAGCGCCUGGGCUUUCAAUGUGUGGGCAUCACCAAUGGGUAUGUCACACCUGGUGCGAGACUGUCCUUAGUGGAAAGGAUUUUCUACAGGGUCCGUCAUUAUCACUAUAGCAUGGAUGUGCAAAAUAUCAGUUCAGCAGAGUAG